GAUUAGGGUUUUUCAUAAACACGAAGAAAAAGGGUCUUUUUUUCAAUUCGAUUUGAGAAGAGAGAAGAGAAAUCGCCAUGAACAUCUUCAAGAAGAAGACCACUCCCAAAGAUGCUCUUCGUACCAGUAAGAGAGAAAUGGCUGUGGCUACACGAGGUAUUGAACGUGAGAUUACAUCUCUUCAGCUAGAGGAGAAGAGACUAGUUGCAGAGAUCAAGAAAACAGCUAAGACUGGAAAUGAGGCUGCCACAAAGAUUUUAGCUCGUCAACUUGUUCGAUUGAGGCAACAGAUUACCAACUUACAGGGAAGCCGUGCUCAAAUUAGGGGUGUGACGACUCAUACACAGGCUCUGUAUGCCAGCACUUCAAUAUCAUCUGGCAUGAAAGGUGCUACCAAAGCUAUGGUUGCAAUGAACAAGCAAAUGGCACCCACUAAACAAGCUAAGGUGAUUAAAGAUUUCCAGAAGCAGUCGGCACAGCUAGACAUGACGAUAGAGAUGAUGUCAGAGGCAAUUGAUGAAACACUUGACAAAGAUGAGGCUGAAGAAGAAACAGAAGAUCUCACUAACCAAGUUCUUGAUGAGAUUGGUGUUGGUGUUGCAUCACAGCUAUCUUCAGCUCCAAAAGGUCGGAUUGCUACAAAAACCGCAGCUCCUCCCGCUUCCACUGCAGCAACUAAAAACAACAACUCUGAAUCAAGUGAAGUGGAUGAGCUUGAGAAGAGGUUGGCUUCGCUUCGACGAAUCUGAGAUGUAUGAAGAAAAAACGAAAGAAAGAAAGAGAGCAGCUUCCUUUCUUUUUGUUAUCUCUGUAUAAAUCUGCUGAAACUUA